AUGGUGCCCAUCAUUUGUCUGAGCUCCAUUUUGCUUCAUUUUACUGUUUCCAUGGCUUCAGAACCGCAGUAUCUCCUAUGGGUGUCCCCUGUGAUUCGAAGUCAUUCUACAGAAAAAGCCUGUCUUCACCUUCUACACCUUAAUGAAUCCGUCUCCUUGAGCGUUGUCUUAGAAUACGAUGGGUUCAACACCACUAUCUUUGAUCAGUCAGUGAAAGAGGAUCACUUCUAUGCUUGUGCAGAUUUCAAGGUUUCUCAAAAGUCUUCUGCACAGUUGUCUUUUUUGACCUUGUUGGUGAAGGGAAAGACUCUUCAAAUCUUUGAGAGGAGAUCUGUAGCACUUGUUUCAGAAGAAACAGUAACCUUUGUGCAAACUGACAAACCCAUUUAUAAAUCUGGAGAGAAUGUUCAAAUUCGCAUAGUGACUCUGGAUACCAAAUUCAAACCUAUUGAUGAAUUGUACCCUGUCAUCAUACUUCAGGAUCCUCAAAGCAAUAAGAUUUUUGAAUGGCAAGAUGUGGCUUCCUUUCAAAAUAUUACCCAACUUUCAUUCCAACUGACUUCAGAACCAAUGUUUGGAGAUUAUUCAAUUGUUGUACAAAGAAAAUCAGGGAAGACAACGACACACCAAUUUGCUGUUAAUAAGUACAUGUUGCCCAAGUUUGAAGUUAAGGUCAGUGCGCCUCAAACUAUAACUGUUUCAGACGAUGAAUUCCAAGUGACUGCAUGUGCUAAGUACACCUAUGGCCAACCGGUGCAGGGGAAAGCCCAAAUCCGGGUGUGCAGAAAGUUUUUUUCCUCUUGGAACUGUGACAAAGACAACGAGAUAUGUGAGCAACUAACUGCUCAGUUGAGAAAUGGUUGUAAUACUCAAGUUGUAGAUACAAAAGUCUUCCAACUCUACCGCUCCGGAUUGCUCAUGACCUUUGACAUCACUGUGACUGUUACAGAAAGCGGGACAGGUGUGCAGAUCAGUGAAAAAGCUUCCACUGCUCUCACUCCAUUGCUCGGGAGAGUAGACUUUGAGAACAUGGACCCUUUCUACAGAAGAGGAAUUUCUUAUUUUGGAACUCUUAAAUUUUCCAGUCCUGCUAAUGUACCAAUGGUGAACAAGGUAUUGCAACUGGAGCUCAAUGACAAAUUUCUAGGAAAUUAUACCACAGACAAGAAUGGCGAAGCUCAGUUUUCUAUUGAUACUUCAGGCCUAUUCGACCCGGAGUUAAACCUGAAAGCGACAUAUGUUCAUCCUAAGAGCUGUCAUCCUUUGGACUGGCUGGCACCUGAGUAUGCAGAUGCUCGGUUCUCAGUCCCACGCUUUUACUCGCGAACCAACAGCUUCCUGAAGAUUGUUCAUGAACCCAAGCAGCUUAGAUGCAAUCAACAGAAGGUUGUAACCGUGCACUACUCCCUGAACGGUGAUGCAUACAGGGAUGGUGCAAAUAUACACUUCUUCUAUCUGAUGAUGGUAAAAGGAGCUAUCUUUCUUAGUGGAAAAAAUGAAAUCAGAAACAAAGCCAGGAAUGGAAGCUUCUCAUUUCCAAUCAACAUCAGUGCCGAUCUGGCUCCUGUGGCUGAUAUGCUUGUCUACACCAUCCACCCCAGUGGGGAGAUUGUGGCUGACAGCGUCAAAUUCCAAGUUGAAAAGUGCUUUAAAAACAAGGUCAGCAUAAAGUUCUCUAAAGAGCAGGGUCUACCUGGCUCCAAUAUUAGUCUCUAUCUUCAAGCAGCCCCUGAUUCGUUCUGCGCCCUCCAGGCUGUGGAUAAAAGUGUUCUUCUCCUGAAACCCGAACAAGACCUGUCACCAGAAACUGUGUAUCACUUGCUUUCAACUAUAGAACCAUAUGUUUAUGCCUAUGUUGGUCUCAACCUUGAUGAUGGCAAAGCAGACCCUUGCAUCCCUCAGACAGACAUGUUUUACAAUGGUUUGUAUUAUAUACCCAUAAGCAACUAUGUGGAUGGAGAUAUCGAUUUUAUUGUCAAGAACAUGGGUCUGAAAGUCUUUACCAAUCUUCAUUACCGGAAACCAACAGUAUGUUCAACAGAGGGAAAGGUGCCAUUCCUAAGACCACUUUACGCAGAAGCAGGGAGCUAUGAGGUGAUGUAUAGUGCCACAUCAAGGAGUGCAACUGAUGGCAUCACCACAACUAAACAGGCUAUGUUUGCAGAACAGGCUAUAGUGGAAACAGUGAGAACAAAGUUUCCAGAGACUUGGCUAUGGAACCUGAUUAGGGUCAAUUCCUCGGGCUCAACCACUCUUACAUUCUCCACCCCUGAUACUCUAACACAAUGGAAGGCAACUGGCUUCUGUGUGAAUGGUGAUUAUGGAUUUGGCGUCUCAUCAACAGCUACCCUAGAAGUCUUUCAACCCUUCUUUGUUGAAAUGACCUUACCCUUUUCGGUAGUUCGAAAUGAACGAUCUGAUCUGAUUGUCAGUGUCUUCAGCUAUCUGAAUACAUGUGUAGAGAUUUCUGUUCAGCUGGAAAGCUCUCAGAAUUUUGAGGCAAAUAUCAGCACCUCUAAAAACAACAGGGAAGUCAUCCAAGCUGGAGAGAAGAAAACAUAUGUUUGGACUCUUUUACCUAAGAAACUGGGAAGAGUGAAUAUUACGGUAACUGCAGAAUCCAAACAGAGCAGCGCUUGCCCACUUAAAGCAAAUGAGCAGCAAAACCUAAACUGGAAAGAUACUCUGGUCAGGAGUUUGUUGGUAAAGUCUGAAGGUAUUGAAAAAGAAGUGACUCAAAGUUUCCUUAUCUGUGCAAAAGGGAACAAAGUCUCCAAGAAAAUCAUUUUGGACUUGCCAAAAAAUGUAGUAGAAGGGUCAGCCAGGGGCUCUUUCACUGUUGUGGGGGAUAUUCUAGGACUUGCAAUGCAAAAUCUAAAGAAUCUUCUCCAAGUGCCCAGUGGAUACACUAUAUCAGCAGGAGAGGAAAAUAUUGUUCGACUUGCAUCUGAUGCCUAUCUCUUUGACUAUCUGAAAUCGACUCAACAAUUGACAGAGGAAGUUAAAUCUAAGAUUUUCUUUUCCUUUUCUAGUGGUUAUCAAAAGCAACUGUCUUUCAAAAACUCUGAUGGAUCAUAUAGAGUGUUUUGGCUGAGGAAUGAUGAAGGAAGCACAUGGCUCAGUGCUCUUACUUUUAAGACAUUAGAAGAAAUAAAGAAACAUGUUUUCAUCGAUGAACAAAUUCAAAAGCAGACUUUACUCUGGCUUUCAAGCAAACAGAAAAGCGACGGUUGCUUUAAAAGUGAUGGCAAGCUUUUCAGCAAUGCCUGGGAGGGUGGAAAAGAAGAGGAUGUUUCACUCACUGCCUAUGUGGUUGGAGCAUUUCUUGAAGCUGGGCUCACUUUCACUUUUCCAGCUCUACGAAAUGGAUUCUUUUGCCUGGAGGAAGCUUUGAAAAAUGGGGUCACCAAUAGCUACACACGUGCAAUUCUAGCUUAUGCUUUUGCAUUAGCUGGAAAAGAAAAGCAAGUGGAAUCUUUACUUCAGAUCCUGGAUCAAUCUGCUACAAAAACAAAUAAUGUGAUAUACUGGGGAAGAACAAAGAAACCUAAGACCAAAAUACCCCCAGCCUUUAUUCCCUGGAUACCUUCUGCUGAGACAGAGAAGACUUGCUACGUGCUCUUGGCUGUCAUUUCCAGGAAAAAUCCCAACCUCACCUAUGCUAGCAAGAUUGUGCAAUGGCUUGCCCAACAGCUGAAUUCCCAAGGAACCUUUUCAUCCAACCAGGGCAACGCUGUCUGUCUUCUCGCCAUUAGCCGCUACGUGAAGAUAACCUUCUCCAAUGGUCAAAACAAGGUUACCAUUAGAAGCGAAAAAUCCAAACAGAUUUUCCAGGUUAACAGUGACAACCGCUUAUUGGUCCAAAGCUCAGAGCUUACAAAAACACGUGGACAAUACACAGUAGAGGUGGAAGGACAAGGCUGUACAUUUACCCAGGCUACUCUGAGGUAUAACGUGCCCCUCCCUAAGGAGGCAUCUGGAUUUUCCCUUGCCAUGGAAAUGAUAAAGAAGAACUCCUCAGAUAAAUUGCAGAAUUAUUUUGAUCUGACAGUAACCCUUAAGUAUACUGGAAUUCACAAUAACUCCAAUAUGGUCCUUGUUGAUGUAAAAAUGCUAUCAGGCUUUACUCCAAUCAUUUCAUCCAUUGAGGAGCUUGAAAAUAAUGGCCAUGUGACAAAGACUGAAGUCAAGAACGACCAUGUUCUUUUCUACUUGGAAAAUGUUUUUGGUAAGGCACAGCGUUUUACUUUCUCUGUUGAGCAAAGCAACUUUGUAUCCAACAUUCAGCCAGCAUCAGUUCUGAUCUACAAUUAUUAUGAUAAAGAUGAAUAUGCCCUUGUUUCUUACACCAUCAAGAGUGUUGCAGUUUCCCAAUGAUACAAAAAACAAAACACAGGAAACGGUGCAAAGCUGUUUACUUUGAACAAACUCAUUCUGUAUCAAAUCUAUAAGAAAGCUAUGCCAUGAGCCAUCUCAC